ACUGAUUUCUUCUUUCUCAGUUUCUGACUUGAAUUUUGUGAAAUUUAGACCAAUUUGAACAUUUUAGGGAAGUUAGAAUACACAAAUGAUGUUAGAAGGAGCAAGUCUUCAACUUCUUGCUGGUGUAGGGUUCGGAAUCGCCUUAGGUUGGCUGUUAAGGUCGAAGACAGGGAGGAAAAUUCUUCCCAGCGCGGAGCUAAAAGAUGACGAGGACAGUACCAUGGGUGAGAUGGGGGAGUACAAGAUGGUGUUUGUUGUGAGACAAGACCUGAAGAUGGGGAAAGGAAAAGUGGCUGCACAGUGUUCCCAUGCUGCUGUAUCCUUGUACAAGAAAAUGUCCAGGAGUAACCCUGACUUGCUACAGCUCUGGGAGUACUAUGGACAGCCUAAGGUUGUGGUCAAGGCUCCAGAUGAACCAACCAUAAUCGAGCUUGCCCGUCAAACCAGAGCAAUUGGUCUACAAACAACCCUCAUACAGGAUGCAGGGAGAACACAGAUCGCACCAGGGUCCAAAACUGUACUAGGAAUCGGUCCAGGUCCAGUUGAACUGAUAGACCAGGUGACCGGUCAUCUAAAGCUGUACUGACCACUGCUGCUGCGGCCACGGGUUCAGUGCCAAGAUCUCCAAGCAGAUGUUUGCUUUAAUGGCAUCCUCUGCAAAUUCAGGGCGUAAAAAAAUACUGCAAUUCACUUUAUGUUCACUAUAGCAAAAUUUCAAGGUCUGAGAAAAGUUGACCUGUUUAUGAAACGGUGGCGACAGAUGCAGGAAAAAGAAAGUCCAGGAAUUAUUUGUUAACUGUAAUGAUAAGUUCAUGGUACAGAGAUGUCUGUGAAAACAAUGAACAUAACAGUACUGUGAAAGAAAUAAGGAAUUACAGUACGUUGAAAUCAGUCACAUUUAGAUAUUGACAUCUACUGUGCUACUACUUAGUACAAUUUUGUCAUCAUGUCAUACUGGAAGCGUUUUAAAUAACCCCAAAACAAGCUAGGAGAAGAGUCCCUUUAUUUUUGGGUACCACCAAUAAAUAACUAGACCUAGCCUACAACACAAAACAAGGAACCAUUUUCUGUCAGCGACAUCACAUUUUUUGCCUCAUAGAUAUCAGUAUGCUAUGGGAUAGGGUUGGCUGGACCUACUAGUGUCAUUAAAAAUGACCAGAAAAUUGUCUUUGAAAUCUAGUUUUGCCUCCCUGGAAUCACAGAGUAUGUUUGUUGGUCUGGGUUCAUUCGUGUACAUCUUUGAUGAACUUUUUACUUGUCUUAAAAGUAUAUUGCAAUAUGAAACACACUUAUAAAAAUAAAGCCAAACAAAAA